UAGCUUCAUGGAAGACACACAAAGUUGGCCGCAACAACUCUCACCAGAGGAUCAAACUCCAGCAUCGGAGAUGAAUUGGAACCCUCCUUCUCAGUCGAAGCAACAAAGUGGAUCCGCAGAAAGCCAUGGAAUUAAGUCUGCUUUGGAGAACUCUCUCAUCUCUGAUCCGAAUGACAUACAAAGAGAGCUGAAAGUGAAACUAAGCAAGGAAAUGGAUGAGUUUCUCCUGAAAAUAAAAGAAGGAUGGAAGAGUGAGAUAGCAAAGUUGAAUAGGCCAACAUCAAAUAUGACUACUGUUUUGAAUGAUCAAACAUGGGCAUUCGUAAAAGAGAAUCUCAUAGUACAAUUGAGAGCCGCAGCGGGGGAAUUGAAAGAGAAAGGACAAGAACAAAUAAAAGAGACACUAGUAAAGUCGAGUAUAAGCAUUGACACCAUAAAGCAAAAAUUGGAACUGGAGAAAUGUUUAGCAAUUGUGGUUUGGUUUGUUGGAAUUGCACUCAUAUUAAUUACCGGCAUUAUUAAAAUUUUUCUCAAAUUUUAG